AUGGAAGACGCAAAAGAGAAUAUCACGCCCCCAGUGGAGAGAGAGCCAACUCCCCCAGUCGAGGAUAUGAGUGAAGAAACUCAAAACGACCAAGAAACAGAAGACCUUUUGAGGUUGAUGAAAAAAUCACUGUCUGACUUAACAAAAGUCGAGAAAAUUGAAGAAUCAUUUGGCAUAUUCGACGACGCGCCAACAGACGAAACGCCACAUUCAAAUAACUCGACCGACAGUUCGAAGUCUCCAGCUAUCAAAGUCGAGUUUGUUGACUAUUUCGAUGACGAACUCGACUUUGAAAACAUGAAGAAGUCGCCACUCUUUGCCCCCAAAAUCAAUCGAAAGAGAGAAGCAACAAGUACGACGGUUGAUGAAUACAAACCACUCCGCGGGAUCUCCGACUAA